ACGUGCUCACCAUGAGUCCGGCUCCGGCGGAAAAGUAUGGACUGCAUAUCUAGUCAGUCUGAGCCAGAUGCAGCAUGAUACCAGCUCACUUGUCCGCCAUCAUCCUGGAGACGAAUGAGCCUUCAGGAGCAGAAGCUCCAGGCGGGGCGACUACGGCACCAAGCGCUGGAUCCGCCUGGUCAUUAUGCAGAGCAGCAUCUUUGCUGACCACUUGUUGAGUCGACGGUCCAGCUUCUGGCUGUUGCGGCCCAGCGGUAGCUGGUCUUGGCCUGAACAUGGAGGUGGAUUGACGAAAAAAUGUGGAAACGGAAAAAUCAAUUUGUCAACAAAUUUCAUCUCUGGAUUGAUGAACUCUUGACCACUAGGCUGGUCUGACUACCAGCUGGCACGGCACACAUUGGUCAUAGUCUCCUUGAUGGGAGCAUGUCCCAUGAACAGAUAGGUCUGGAUCCAGUUAUCGCUAGCAGUCAAUCUAGAACGAGUACAUACCAGUCCCCGAUCCUCCUGCUUCUCGUCGGACUCCCUGCGAGUGGCAAGACAGCUCUGGCACAGUGCCUCGUAACUGAGUCUCCCGCACUGAAUCUGGACUCCUUCAGCCGGAAAUGGAUCAGAGCAUCGCAGGACGAUAGUCCUAACAGAAGACGGCAGGAGGUGGAGGAUCUCGUUAGAGAUGGGCUAUUGGCUGGUGACAAUGUGGUCGUGGACAGGAUGAACUUUGAUGCUAGACAACGCGCACAUUUUCUGGACAUUGCUCGAUCUUUACCGAUGCCAACUCAAACCUGGUGCAUCAUAUUGAACACCUCUUUAAGCGCCAUCAAGUCUCGACUUGAAUCACGCACCAAUCAUCCUACGAUCACUACUGCCGAACAUGGACUGGAUAUCAUUGACAAAAUGAAAUAUCAGUACCGGCCACCGCAUCCGACUCUCGUGGAGGGGUUCGACCGAAUCCUACAAUUGGAAGACGCCGACCAGCCUGAAGGAGGUUUGUGGUCACCGGAGCGUCUCAGAGCUCUAUUAUUGCGCAUCAGCGAGCGCGGACAUCGAGAGCCUGUGGGUGGGCCUCGAUUCAGCUCGGCGCCGGCACUGGGAGGACGUGGGCGGUGAGACGAUGUACAUUCGCAAGCCAAGUGUGGAUGUAUCUAAUCUCUCACACUCCUCCUGUGCGUUCGGGGUGCAGGAGCUAUUCAUAUAUGUUGUAUCUGAUGCUCAUCGCUAUCACAAUGCAUAUCAUCUUCGAAC